AUUUAUACUGAAGUGUCCACCUUCAUGGAAUCCUUUUUUUGGAUUCCAAAACCUCCCGGUACCGCCAUGAACCUCUCAGACCCCCCGCGGGCUCCCAACGACACCCUGGAACUCUCUUCCGCCGGGAGCGUUUUUUCGCUUUGGGAGACGGUCUUGAUCGUGUCGACGACCGGACUCCUCUCCUUGGUCACUGUGGUAGGAAACCUCCUGGUGAUGGUGUCUUUCAAGGUCAACCGGGAUCUGAAGACCGUCAACAAUUACUUCCUGCUCAGCUUAGCCGUCGCCGACCUCAUUAUCGGAAUCGUCUCCAUGAACUUGUACACCGCCUACAUCGUUAUGGGAAGGUGGGCUAUGGGGAGCCUGGCUUGUGACUUGUGGCUGGCCCUGGAUUAUGUGGCCAGCAACGCCUCCGUCAUGAACCUGCUGGUCAUCAGCUUGGACCGCUACUUCUCCAUCACCCGCCCCCUCACCUACAGGGCCAAGCGGACGCCCAAGAUGGCGGCUGUUAUGAUCGGCUUGGCGUGGUCGGUCUCUUUCCUCCUCUGGGCCCCCGCCAUCUUGUUGUGGCAGAAGUUUGUGGGGAAGAGGACGGUGGCCGAAAGCGAGUGUUACAUCCAGUUCCUCUCGGAGCCCGUCAUCACCUUUGGGACAGCGAUCGCCGCCUUCUACCUCCCGGUCACCAUCAUGGCGGUCCUCUAUUGGAGGAUCUACCAGGAGACCCAGAAGAGAGCCAAGGAACUUUGCGGACUCCAAGGGUCAGAGUUCAAGAACGGCCUGCAGGUCGCGGGCAGAAGGACCCAAAAUGGAGGUAGUGGGGGCAGCAGCAGCAGCAGCUCAGAGCCACCUCCUCCUCCUCUUGUCCCGCCUUUAUCGGUCAACGUCGUGCAACCACAAGCUUGCUGUUUUCUCGGAUGGCGAACCAAGGGCCUCUCCUUAGACCGGAGCAGCAACGGCAGCUGGAACACCACCGAGGAAGAGGAGGAAGAGGAAGCAGGCGAAGCUUCUGCGGACUCCCUGACCUCCUCCGAGGGGGAGGAGCGGCCCUUUGAGGUCCAUAAGGUCUGCACGGCAGUCAUCCACCUCCCCAUGGUUGGCACGGUCCUACAGCAAUCACGGAAGGGGCCAGACUCCAAGGCAGCAGCCGGAGCAGUGUGGAUGGAGGAGGCGGCCUUUGGAGGGGUCCCCAAGAACCCUCAGGCCAUGGACAAAAGGAUCAGGAAAGUGGCCUUAAUGGAAGCCACACCGCCCAUGGAUAUGAGAGUCAAAAGGAGGAAGAAGAGGAGGAGGAGCCUCACCAAGCGGAAAGCUCUCUCCCUGAUGAAGGAGAAGAAAGCCGCCCGAACCCUCAGCGCCAUCCUGCUGGCCUUCAUCCUGACGUGGACGCCCUACAACAUCAUGGUGCUGAUGUCCACCUUCUGUGAGGACUGCGUCCCGCAAAGCCUCUGGAAGCUGGGCUACUGGCUUUGUUACGUCAACAGCACGGUCAACCCCAUGUGCUACGCCCUGUGCAACAGGUCCUUCCGGACCACCUUCCAGAGACUCCUGCUGUGCCGAUGGGUUAAGCGCCGCUGAAGAGCCACGCCAAAGAACUGGGCUGGGAGGGAAAGCAUCUCCCAGGGAGGCCGGACCGGGUGCAGGGUAUGAAGUUCCCUCCAUUAGUCAACCUAGAGCACAGAACCGGUGGCCCAGUUUCCACCUUCCCCCAACAGGUCUGGGCCGAUGGGUGUUGUUGUCCAGCAAUAUCUGCAGAAGCACAUGCUCCCCAGCCCUGAAGGAAGAGCGUGGGACUACUAGGGAGGCAGGUUGGUGAGGCUUAAAUUCAGUUCUACUUAAGGUGGAAACCACUGAAAUCCCAGAAAUGUAAAGUUAGGCUUCAUAAAUUCACUCCCAUGCAAUGGGUCUUAAUGGCUUUGAUCAAUACAGUGGU